AUGGCUCCCAGCAGAAAGACCGCCACGACUGCAGAAGUUGCUUUGGUACCCCUCAAGUCGUGUCUCGUGAAUUUACCAACUCCAGUCGUUUCACUGCUAGUGAACGCCAACGCAGCUGCCCAAAAUGUCAUUGUGGAAUUACAGUACCGGCCGUCGAAUUCGCAGUCCACCGCUCAGAAGUCAGCGUAUUUGGGAUGGACGGGAAUGCCGAGUAAGCGCAAGCUGGCGCCCGUGGUCAGCAGAGAUGGGAUCAAUUCGAAUUCAUCUGCGAGAGAGCAGGAGGUCUCAUCUAUCGAAAUUGACACCACCUUCGCUAGGGUAUUGGGUUUAGCGGAAGGCCAAAAGGUCGGAUUAUUCCUACACCUUGACAAUCCUAUUGCGCAGACCGUCAAUAUAGAACCUUUGACACCGGCCGACUGGGAGAUUAUCGAACUACACGCCUCAUUUCUAGAGUUGAACUUGCUGCACCAAAUCCGAGCCCUUCCCAAUCCCGGAUAUACUAGUCCAGGGUCAACUCCAUCGAACCAUUUACAUCCACUUACGUUGCACCUUUCCCCAACAUCUACCGCAAAUAUAGUUGUCACGUCGCUCACUCCUGCGCCUCCUUCGACAUCUCCUUUUGCUAAGAUUGCACCCGAUGCGGAAGUCAUAGUUGCACCAAAAGUUCGCCCGAAAUCUGGUAAAGCAAAUAGAGGGGAAAAUCGAAGCACGACUAGUAACAGUCGCAAGAGUGUUGGUGGGAGAAGUAGCAGCAGCACUGUGCGGCCGAAAACUCGGGCAUCCGAAUCCGAUGAACACGCAGUCUAUCUUCGAGGUGUGGACAGGUUACAUGUCGAAGACUGGUUUGACGAAGAGAAUUCUGGCCAUAGCAAUGACGGCCUGAAAGUAUGGGUUGAUCGAAGUGUACUAUCAUCUCGCGAGCUUCGCGGAAAUCAGUGGGUGGCUGUUUCUAUCAUCCAGCCAGCAGGAUUGCAGCCUCCUGUCGACCCGCAGCAACAGUUGCAGCAGAAGGAACAGGAAUCGGGUGAGGCUGGACGGCCAUCGGCAAAGAUUGUGGCCAAGAUCCAACCUUGGGAUGAUGCUCCUGACUCGAAGCACGUUAGUCUCUCGUCACGUCUCUGCGAAGCCCUGAAUUGCUCGGGUAUCAUGGGCGGUAUUGUCCGCGUAGAAGCUGCACCCGCUCCGCUAAGCCCGUCGUCUAUCAAAACGAUCAAAAUACACCCUUUUGUCUCAGAUAUUUUCAAAAAACGGGAUGGUCUUAAAUUUGGCGGAGAAACAGCUGCCUCUCGAAGCGCACUAGCAGAGCGAAUCAAGUUUAUAUUUGGCAGCACUGGUUCGGAUUCUGGCUUCAUGUCAGGACCUCUUACGGAUGGAAUGCUUCUCCCAGCUGUUGAUAAUCAAUUUUCUGCCGGAGCUUUUGACGGCGGUAUCUUGCGCUUUGACCCACCUUUGAAAAGUACGGAAGCUUCAUCUGUGUCAGGAUGGAUCUUGGGGUCAGAGUCUAAGUUCACCAUUGAUGUACAGCCGGAUGUCCCCAAACCGGUAGACGCUACAUUAUCCAGUAUACCUACAGACGAGCGGAUAUCUGUAUCGCCACCGGCUAUGGUCGGGAUCGAUUCGCUCAUUAACCAAAGCUUAACGAGUUUGUCAAGGGGUUCGUCUAUCCUGUUGACCGGAGGUCUCGGAUCUGGUAAGACAUCGCUGUGCCACUUGCUAGCAGCCCAACUACGAGAAGAACAACUUUGCAAUGUGACCUAUUUCCCCUGCCGCAAGUUGGUUACGGACGAAACCCGUGUUUCUACCAUUAAGGAGACCUUGACCAGACUAUUCAUGUCUGCAUCGUGGUGCGCUCGCCUUGGUGGGACAGCUCUUGUGAUCCUUGAUGACUUGGACAAACUAUGUCCUGUGGAAACGGAACUUCAAGUUGGAGGAGAAAAUGGGCGCAGUCGCCAGGUCAGCGAAAUCAUAUGCUCGAUUGUUCGCCAGUAUUGCACAACAACAUCUUCCGUCGUGUUCUUAGGUACCGCACAGUCAAAGGAAUCUCUGAACAAUAUCAUCGUCGGUGGCCAUGUUGUGCGAGAAAUCUUAAGCUUAAAAGCUCCGGAUAAGGAGGGCCGACGUAAAGUGUUGGACAAGCUGAUGAGUCAAGAUAAGGAUGAUUAUGCUCUUAAAGGUCAUCACCGCAACGAAAGUGGAUCGACGGAGGAGUCAUGGCUGGACCCCUCAAAUCCUGGAAGCCGGCCAGGUUCGUCUGGAGCAGACGGAUUUGUGCUGGCACGAGACUUGGAUCUCCUGGAUUUAGCGGGCAAAACGGAUGGGUACAUGCCUGGAGAUCUUGUGUUGUUAGUUUCUCGGGCUAGAAACGAAGCUUUGAUUCGAUCGGUGCAGGAUACCAGUGCAGAUUCCACAAAGAUCGCAUUGACGAUGGGCGAUUUUGAGCGAGCCUUGAAGGGAUUUACGCCUGCAUCUCUUCGAAACGUCACAUUAACAUCCUCUUCCACGACCUUUUCUUCCAUAGGUGGUCUUCAUGCCACCCGCCAAACCCUUCUAGAAACCUUGGAAUACCCUACGAAAUAUGCUCCUAUUUUUGCGCAGUGUCCUCUUCGCUUGCGAUCAGGUUUGUUGCUGUAUGGCUUUCCCGGCUGUGGUAAGACGUUACUUGCUAGUGCAGUGGCUGGUGAGUGUGGCCUGAAUUUCAUCAGUGUGAAAGGUCCAGAAAUUUUGAACAAGUAUAUCGGAGCAAGUGAGAAAAGCGUCCGUGACCUUUUUGAACGCGCUGAAGCUGCACGACCUUGUAUUUUAUUUUUCGAUGAAUUCGAUAGUAUCGCACCAAAGCGUGGACACGACUCGACUGGUGUUACAGAUCGAGUGGUCAAUCAGCUGUUGACGCAAAUGGAUGGUGCCGAGGGCCUUUCUGGCGUGUAUGUACUAGCCGCAACAUCAAGGCCGGACCUGAUUGACCCGGCUCUGCUUCGUCCUGGACGUCUUGACAAGAGUCUUCUGUGCGAUAUGCCCUCGCAUGAUGAUCGUAUUGACAUUAUUAAAGCCGUGAGCAAGAAACUCAAGCUUAGCCCUGAUGUCGAGUCUCGCGUUGGUGAAAUUGCUUCUCGGACAGAAGGAUAUUCUGGAGCUGAUAUCCAGGCUGUCAUCUACAAUGCCCAUCUUGAGGCAAUCCACGAUCUUCUAGGUGAUCGCUCAAUGUCAGCGUCAAAUUCAACUACAAAGAAGACAAAUGGCACACAUGCCAACGGGACAGACGCAUCAAGCAAAUCGUUUAUACAAUUCCUCUACUCCGAGCAAGAAGCAGACAAGUCGAACGGCGGCGUCAAUGCUAAACUUGAACCCCCAGCAGUGAUCGCUGCAAGGUUGGCAGCUCUGAAACAGGCACGGCGCCGUCAGCGACAGGCCGAACAUGGUACUCAUGCCGAUACCGCCGAGGGCCAUGAACAACAACGAGCCAAUGGUACGGUGGUAGAUGAUGCUCGUGACGAAGUGAUUAUUAAAUGGGAGCACGUUGAGCGCUCAUUAUCGACGACUCGGUCUUCCCUCAGUGAUCGUGAACGGCGGCGCUUAGAAGCUAUUUACCGUGAGUUUGUGGUUGGUCGAAACGGGGAAAUGCCGAAUGGCGAGGGUGCGAGAGAGGUUGGAGGAAGGACAAGCUUGAUGUGA